AUGCUAGAGGGUAUUAGGUUGUACAUGAUGGACCGGUUCGUCAUUAAGUACAACUUGUUGAUGGACACCCCAGACAUGUUGUUCCCUAGAAUUAAGAAGAGGGUAGAGAAACAAAAGGAAUUCGCUAGGUUGUGUAUUGCUAGGCAGACAUUGGCGUAUAAGUGCGAAGUGAAGAUGGGUGAGAAUGGCUACAUAGUGGACCUAACUGAUAUGAGUUGUACAUGUGGAUACUGGCAAUUGAGUGGCCUGCCUUGUUUCCAUGCUGUCUUGGCAAUUUCACACAUGAGGAAGGAGGUGGACGAUUAUGUACAUCCUUGUUACAAGGCCCACCAUGUCGAGGGAGGCUACAGGGUUGGCAUCCCUUGCUUAGACGGUAGGCAGGCUUGGCCAGAUGCUAUUGGUCUUCCAGUUCAUCCUCCGAAGCAAAGAGCCAUGCCAAGAAGGCCUAAGAAGAAGCAACGAAGGGCUGCUCAUGAGCUCGAAACGAAACCUCAGCGGAAUGGGUUGGCUAACACUCGAAAUGCUGAAAAACAUGCUCGAACAACAACAAGGACUUCUCGCAUUGCUGGAAACACUACUACUGUGUAUUCGGCGACCCAUAAUGCGAGAACCUGCCCCCUCAACCGAGGAAAUGGAAUAGAGGAUGUUGUGUUGGAUGUUGGAGAUCGAAGGACAAUUGAGCGUGAGAUGCGAGUUGCAACAAGAGAGAUAAGGGUGUAUGUAAGUGAGGCAACUGGGAAUCAGUACGUGAGGCUGAAUGGAUCACGGGGGCGUCCUGCUGGAGGUACUCAGCCCACUGAGAUGGACAUACAAGGAAGCCAGCCGCCUCCAACACAACCUUAG